CUCUCUAAGACGCGAUAUCCGGUACGCACAGGCCUUGUCCUCGUCCUUGAUCAACUCGCACUGUGGCAGUUUGCGAACCGUCGACUCACAUUUGUGUCAAAAAUGGUUGCGUACUGGAGACAAGCAGGGCUGAGUUACAUCAGGUACUCGGCCAUCUGCGCCAGGGUCGUUCGAGCAGCUCUGAAGCCACAGUUCAAAGUGGAAGCCGUUAAAAACGCAGAAACCAACGUGAAGGUCACUAAACUGAAGAUUGCGUGAUGAGAUGAUAUUGAACCACAUGACCCUCCAUUCCCUAACCAACAGAUUCUGUCAAAUUCAUCACUUGUGUCUGCAAUUCUGAUGACCUGAUUGAAUUAAAAGUUAUGUUCUUUUGAUAAUAAAUUAUGAAGAGCCUCGAACUAAAA